GAGGCGGAGGAGAGAGCGAGAGGGAAAACCAGGAGAUAGUAUGAAAACCCACGACCAUGGGGUCUUGUAUGUACAGUGAUACGACUAAAGCCCAUCUUUUCUCGUCUUCAUUCUUCAAAGGACAAGUAUCGGUCUCUUUUUCCAGAUGUAUGUAACAAAAUGACAGGCGUUCGUAACGAAUGCUCCCGUUUUCCUUAUAUCUCAAUUCGUUCGCGGAAGAUUCAUCAGUGGGGCUCGGCAGCGCUGCUUGUCUCUCAUUUGAACCGUUCGAUCUAAUGGGAGUGGUAUAGCUUCAUUAUUAACACUCUGACGGUGGUGGUGAAUGGCAAAUAAUGUGUCUAAUCCAGUUUUUCCAAGACCAUUGUUUUGUGCAAUGUGAGCUUGAUCGACUCUGCUGUGUCGUUACGUGUUGAGAGGAGGGAGGGUCUUCCCCAUCAUUGUUGAAUCACGCUUCGGGCUUAACGCUUCGGUCUUCCGUCAUUUGGAAACCAUUUGGAUGUGAGACUAAAUAAAGCCAGAAACCUGGACCUUGACCUGGGGAGACAGUGGACCUGGGGAGACAGUGCAGACCUUUGUGUAAUUUUUAUGAGAACAUUUUUAUCUCCAUAUUUUAGAGACCCCGGAGUGUGCAUAUAUCAAAAGCGUUGCUGAGGGACCAUUGAAGAAGAUAGGGGGGAGACGAGGAGAUUACGAGGUAACGCCAGGGGUGGGGAAAAUGCUGCCUUCGCAAGAAGCCUCCAAGAUUUACCAUGACAACUACAUGCGGAAUUCGCGGGCCAUUGGGGUUCUGUGGGCUAUUUUCACCAUAUGUUUGGCCAUUAUUAACGUGGUGGUGUUCAUUCAGCCCUACUGGAUUGGGGACAGCGUGAACACCCCACACGCCGGCUACUUCGGCUUGUUUCACUACUGCGUGGGCACUGGGAACUCCAACCGGGAGCUCACCUGCCAAGGAACCUUCGCCGAAUUCAGCAGCAUCCCUUCGAGCGCAUUUAAAGCGGCAACCUUCUUCGUGUUGCUGUCCAUGGUGCUGAUCUUGGGAUGCAUCGCCUGCUUCAUCCUCUUCUUCUUCUGCAACACCGCCACUGUCUACAAGACCUGCGCUUGGAUGCAGCUGCUAUGUGCCGUGUGUUUGAUCCUGGGCUGUAUGAUCUUUCCGGAUGGCUGGGACUCGGAAGUGGUGCGCGACAUGUGUGGCGAGGAGACGGGGAAGUACACGCUGGGGAACUGUUCGGUGCGCUGGGCCUACAUGCUGGCUAUCGUUGGCAUCAUGGACGCCCUCAUCCUCUCCUUCCUGGCCUUCGUGCUGGGCAACCGGCAGAACGACUUCCAGCUGGAGGAGCAGCUUAAAGCAGAACAAAAAGAUUUUGCAGUGUCCAGGCAUCUCCACCUUGGCUCCACCCUCAGGAUGGACGGAAUUGAAAUCCGGGAGACCAAGGAUCCACGAUACGGAGUCCAACGGUUCCACUGAGCGCACUCCCCCCAACAGUUUCAGACCCUCCUCUUCAUCUCCUCUGCUCAUUCGCCCCCAAAGACCAUAGCUCUUCAGGUCUAACCACUGGUCUCAAAGUGGAGCUGUUUGUAAAAUAGAACUGAAAUGGAAGAUAUUCAAAAAGAGAAACUAUUUGAAGAGAAAUAUGAUAAAAAAGGAAUUAUAUGAUCAGCUUUAUAAAACUCUGGGAAAAAAAUUAAUGAUAUACAGUAUUAAUUAAUUAUCACAUAAUAUUACUAUAACAAAGUAAUGAAGUUAAUGAUAAUGAUGAUGCUUGCGGCAGGCAUAUUCUAUGAAAAUCUACAUAUUUUUAUUCAGAAUGGAAAAUGAGUCAUUUCCAGCUUUAAAAAUAACCAUUUAAGAAGUGCAUUUGUACAAGUGGGUGCUACUUCUGAGAUAUCUAAUAAAAGAAGACAAAAAAGGAAGAAAAAAAACACAAACAAGAAUUUUGUACAGCGACAGUAAUUUUGAAGACCAUCUUUUUUUCUGACAAAUUUUCAACUUCCCCUUUUUGUACAUGAGGUCUGGUCCCAGGAAAUACAAAAGAAAAAGAAGACAAGUGUAAAUAAGGUGUUUCUAUGGAAACAUGGUAAAAAUAGCAUUUAUUACCCCAUAAUUAUCAUCCCUUAAAACCCUUCAGAAUAGCAACCCCUUUCUGAUCAUUGUCUUGGAAAAGGAAGUGUGGAUUAUCUGCACCAUUUCUUCUCUUCUACCCGUGUAAUUUGAUCUACCAACAUCCUUGAACCAGAAAAGCCAACAGGAGCAAAGACAGUGGUAAUGAUGGACCGAAUUAAUUGACAGGCAUUGAAAAGAAAAGACUUCACUGCUGUCAAUUCCUUCAAUCUACAGAAUUUCAAUCACAAUCCUGCAUCUAACUCACACUCUUAGGAAAAAAAGGGUUCUGAUAGAUCACUUGCUUCAUAUAUGGAACCUCUAAAAGUUCUAUAUGGAACCCUUUUAUAGGGUUCUUUGAUCAGAACCCCAAGGGUUCUUUUUCACUGAAACAAAAUUGGUUCCAUAUAGAACCCUGUAUGGUGCCAUUUAUGAAUUAUGGCUAAUACUAAUAAAUUGUCAUAUUUUUAGAUAACAAUAUAAUUUAAUAAACAAUAAAUAAUGGAGAAAAGAAUACCAGUAUAGUUUUGAGAUUUUACUGUCAUUAUAUACAAACAUAGUUUGGAAAUAUGCACUGGUGGCCAAGGAGGCAUCUGUUUGUUUGAAUGAUGGGCCACGUCAAUAUUGGUACCAACUCAAGCUGACUUCUCUAUGGAACAGUACAGUAAGGGUUGUUUCCUAGGCUGGUUCCUGAAAAUAAGAAAAAAAGGACCAAAAACAUGAACUCAUCUUCAGAAAUAAGCAUGAGUUGAUCUGCCAAAAUGAAGACAACAUUGUAGAAGAACAACUUACAUAGAGUUGUUGUCAGCAGCAGCCGAAAGAGAUCCUCUGCCUCUGAUAGUUGAGUUACUGCCAGACUGAGUAAAACAGAUAGUGUGUUAAAAGUCAUGUAAUGAUUAACUAGGCUAUUGAAUCACCAAGACUUAGAAAUAAUGAGGAAUAAUUUAGAUGCAUACCUCCUCUCAGUCAGCCCACUGCCCAUCACAUGCAUUAUACAGAGGUCAGCAACAGUCUUCUAAUGGCUUCAUGAAACAUAGUCCCCUCGUCUGACUCAACAGUGAAAUACUGAAAUAAAAGUAACAAUUAUCUAAUAGCCAAUGUCAGGCUGGGUCUGUAGCUCUAUUUGGCAUAUUCAAUAAUAAAAAGUAAUUUUUUUUUGUAAGAGUUACUAAUAACUGAGCUAAUUAGCUUGUAAAGUGUCUAAUUAAACUAGGCUAAUUUCUUGUCUAGCUAGCUAGAUAACAAAUGGUGCUCAAAUUCUAAUACAACUUUAUCUAUCUAGCAUAGCUAGUUUAUCAUAUGACUGGUGUCAUAUUUGAAUGAAAUAAUAAACUUGACUUACCUUAAUAAAUGGAAAAAUAACAUGCUUAUUGGUAGGCUAUUUGCACGUUUAACCACUGUCAUACUGGAAUGGCAGUUGGUUUUUGAAUCAGAAUGGCAGUUCAAAUUUGAAUAGACCAAAAGGUUCUACAUAGAACCCCUUUUUUUAUCUAAGAGUGUAUGGUUUUAUUAAAACACUAUUUAUUCUUGCGUUUAGCUAGCAUUUAGUUUGAAACAGAUUUGUAUGAACCUUGCUGUUUGCCACUCCGACCUAAUGUUGCAAAACGCGAAUUCAAUCUCCCCCCGCCAUAGAGUGUUUAAAAAUGUCAGACGUCAGCUAGCCAUUUCUGACCAGGCGAAGGAUCUCCCCCAAAAUGUGUUGGUGUUAAGUCCUUGGUCUUGACUUGCAAAAUAAUUUAAUUUCUGAGUGCUUUUAUAUUCCUGAAUGAUCAUUCAUAUAAAAUGGUGAACUUCAGUCCCAAACCAGAGAAUGAGGAAAACCCUAGUGAAAGUUAAACAACAAGUAAGACAACAUGUCUAGCAGUGGUAGCAAAACAUUAGCUGAACAUUUAUGUUGCUGUAUAAAAGAAAAAUGAGUCUAUCGCAACAUAAUGGUACAAGCAAAAUAGCCUCUGUUUUUCAUACGGUCAUCUUAAUAUCAUUGUGAAAGCAGCCCAGAGUACCAUAAAACUUAAAUUAAAUACAGUCUCAAAUAGCCGCCUGUCCUUUUUAAUAACUGCGCAGAGGAACACAUUUAAGCAAAUAAACACCUGUUUCAAAUAUACCCCGGGUCUAAAUUAAUUGUUUACAAUGUUACCAUGAAUUGUUUACAAGGCUUAAUGUUUGAUUUAUUACAUUGAAUAAUUCGGUAAUGACUAAAAAUAAAUUAUGGCAAUCAGUUAUCGCCAGUAAGAGAAACUGCAAGCCUUUGGCUGCUAAAAGCUGAGAACUGCUAGCUAACUGGCAAACAAAAAAACAGUCAACACUUCGGGAGUAAAGACCCCUAGAAAUCAGCCAAUCGCCCUCUAGUUGCGAAAGUAAGAACUGUGAAGUCAUUGUGAAGAAUAAUUUUUCUGUCAAGGAAUUGAAAAAUAAUAAUUGUUCAUGAUUUAGAUUUUUUUUUACAUUAAAUACUGUAACAGCAGAGAAUAAAACAAUUAAUACAAGUCCAA